AUGAAGGUGGUUGCGUUAGUCAGUGGCGGCAAGGAUAGCUGCUAUGCUAUGAUGAAAUGUGUCCAAUACGGUCACGAGAUUGUUGCGUUGGCGAAUUUGUUGCCGGCUGAUGAUUCAAUCGACGAACUCGAUAGCUACAUGUAUCAAACUGUUGGGCACCAGAUGGUUGUUAGCUAUGCAAAAUGCAUGGGAGUGCCGUUAUUCCGAAGGCGAAUCCAAGGAUCCACAAGGCAUCAUAGCCUUAGCUACAGUGUGACUCCUGGUGAUGAAGUAGAAGAUAUGUUCAUUUUGUUAAAUGAAGUAAAAAGACAGAUACCCUCUAUCACAGCUGUAUCUUCUGGUGCAAUUGCAUCUGACUACCAACGGCUGCGGGUGGAAAGUGUGUGUUCGAGGUUAGGACUUGUUUCUUUGGCGUAUUUAUGGAAGCAAGAUCAGUCAUUGCUCCUACAAGAAAUGAUAAGAAGUGGGAUUGUCGCCAUCACAGUAAAGGUAUAA